AUGUCUUACGUAGGACAAAUUGACGAUCGGUACGUCUUUUUUUCCCCAUCAGGGCCAUCAGGCAGUUGGCGUGUAAAUGUAGUGUACCUCGAGAACAAACGGUUCACGUCGCAAAAGGGGGUCCGGAAGACUGCGAGCCGGAGGCUCCGCAGUCGGCUCUUCGCGGAUGGGGCCCCGAUGGGUCCCCGAAUGGUGACAAGACAUCCCUUUAUUCUUGUAAAGAGGAGCCGCUCGCCAGUGUCACUGUCGCCGCGGCGCCGCUUCGGUCGCCCAACCCCUCCUCACCCUGCCCCUUCGCCGACUCUCCUCGCAAGCAAGCAACACAUCAUCAUUUCAGAACUGACAAAAACGGCCACAUCGCUGCGCUCUCCCAAAAAAAAUCUCUCUCCAUCAAAAAUAUCCUCUCUGCGCCAGGCGGAGAACCCGAAAAUGGUGCCAUAG